AUGGGCGGGAAAUGGGGCGCGAUCUCGAAGCUGCACGCGUUCCCCAAGGCGGAGGACCACCUUACUCAGAAGACGCUGUCGGGCGCCAUCGUGACUCUGCUGGGUGGGGCAAUAAUGGUGCUGCUGCUCGCUCACGAGCUCUCCUCCGUGCUCACACCGGAGCCUGGGCACAGUGACUCUGCUGGGCUGGGUGUGGCAACCAUGGUGGUGCCAUUCGCUCACGAGCUCUUUUUUGUGCUCAGGCCUGAGGGGCUCGGCUCCACACAACCACCCUUCCUCCACCCAUCCCAUUGUCGCACCCUUUCUCAGCAGCACAGUGGCGCUGCUGGACGUUCCCGCCCGCCCAUCACAUUGGCAGACAAGCCCCCCCUCUCCCCCUUUCCCACCUUUCUCCCCGUCCCCGCGUCCCCCUCCUUCCCCCCUUCUCCCCCUCCCGCCCUUCUCCACGAGUUCUUCUUCAUGCUCACGCUCGAGGUGACCCCACAGCGCACAAUCAACCCCCUCCAACCGCUCAGUCACCACCCACCCCUCCAUCCCCUCCACCCCGCUUUCUCCUCUCUCCGACCCCACAGUGACUCUUCUGGGCGUGGCGAUCAUGGUGGUGCUCUUCGCUCACGAGCUCUCGUUUGUGCUCACGCCUGA